UUUAUUUGUUCUUGAUGUGUGAUGACAAGAUGUUAUUUUCAUUUUCAUUUUUCUUUAAUUUUUUUUGUAAUUUUAAUAUGAUUUCAUUUUUAAUAUAAAAAAUAUAAAUAUUUAAAAUAUAUAAUAUUGAAAUAUAGAAAUUUUACAUUUACAAAUAUGGAAAAAUAUAAAUAUUAAUAUAGUUUUAAUAAAAGAUUAUACAUAAUAUUCAGAAUUAAUUUUUAAUUAUUUUUACAGUUUAAAAUUUGUGGAAUACAUAUAAAAUAUAUUUAGUUCCUAGUAUAUAUUCCAUUAUAUUUCAUUACUUAAUUUUAUAAUUCCUAAUUAUUUCAUAUAUGAAUAAUUUUUAAAUAUUUGAAAAAAUGAUAUAUGAUAAACAAUAUUUUUGAAAAAUAUUAAAUUCAAAAUUUUUUUUGAUAAAAUAUAAUUUUAUUUUUAAAAAUAAAAUAUAGUCUAUAGUAUACUAAUUUUCAUUUAAAUAUUCACAUAACAAGAAUUGACAUAAAAAAUAUAUGUUUUAAUAGGAUUUAAUAGGAUUUAUAAUUUAAAGUACAUUUUCAUGAAUGAAAUUUUAAAAAUUGAUAUUUUUUUUAUUGUAAUAGAAAAUACAAAUGUGCUUUUUAAAUGACACAUUUUUUGUUUUAUUUUUUCAGAUAUAAAGAAUUGUUAUUAUGAACUUAUAUGAUAAAUUGCCAUAUAAUAUAUAAUAAAUGAUAUUAGUUCUUAAAUAUUUCUAUUUAACUUUAUAAAGUCAAAUGUCUAUGAACUAUAUACCUGUCAAAUACAAGUUGCACUGAAAGGAUUGAGUUCAUUAGAAUAUUUUUAUGUAAUAUUUUUUUGAAUAAGGUGGUUAUUUUAAAAAUGUGGUCUUUAGAAUUAUACAUAAGGAUGAAAAUAUAUCAAAUGUGAAAAAAAAGCAAGUUAAGUUAGAAAUAUGGAUAAAAGGGGUAGUGCUGAACUUUUGAAUGUUGAACAAAAUAACUCCAAAAAUGCCAGUUCUGAUUCCCUUAAUUCAGAUAGCAAGAGCAGUUCCCUUAAUUCUAAGAUGGGACAAGAAUCGAAUUUGUCUAGUGGAGAAACAGGUCCACCACUUUUAAAUGGAGAACGUGUACAAGGCAUUGCUCAUGAAGUAACUUAUGUGUGUCCUUAUUCGGGACCAGUCAGAGGAAUUCUUAGUAUUACAAAUUAUAAACUUCAUUUUCGGAGUGUAGAUCGUGAAACGCCUUAUGUUGUUGAAGUACCGUUAGGCGUUGUUAGUAGAAUCGAAAAAGUUGGUGGUGCAUCUAGCAAAGGCGAAAAUUCUUAUGGCAUUGAAGUGUUUUGUAAAGAUAUGCGAAAUCUUAGAUUUGCUCAUAAACAAGAAAAUCAUUCCAGAAGAGAUGUUUUUGAAAAACUUCAACAGUAUUCUUUUCCUUUAUCUCACAAAUUACCUCUUUUCGCGUUUGAAUAUUUUGAGACAUUUCCUGAAAAUGGAUGGAAUGUUUACGAACCUAUAGCGGAAUUAAAACGAAUGGGAGUAAACAAUGAUAUGUGGAAGAUAUCGAAAAUCAACGAUACAUAUUCAAUUUGUGACAGUUAUCCCGCCGUAUGGGCAGUACCUGCAGCAGCAACUGAUGAGGAUUUGCAAGCAUCUGCAGCCUUUCGAAGUAGAGGAAGACUUCCGGUUCUCUCAUGGAUCCAUCCAGAAAGUCAAGCAACGAUAACUCGUUGUGCUCAACCAUUAGUAGGUGUUGGUGGCAAACGUAGUCGCGAAGACGAGCGAUACGUUCAGUUAAUAAUGGAUGCUAAUGCACAAAGUCAUAAACUUUUUAUUAUGGAUGCUCGACCAAUGCCUAAUGCUGUUGCAAACAAAGCUAAAGGCGGCGGUUAUGAAAGUGAAGACGCUUAUCAAAAUGCAGAACUUGUAUUUCUUGAUAUUCAUAAUAUACAUGUAAUGAGAGAGAGUCUUAGAAAAUUAAAAGAGUUAUGUUUCCCGACAAUUGAUGAAACAAGAUGGUUAUCAGGAAUAGAAUCUACAGUUUGGUUGAAACAUAUAAAAUAUGUACUUGCAGGAGCAUUAAGAAUAGUAGAUAAAGUUGAAAAUCAUAAAACUUCAGUGUUAGUGCAUUGUUCGGAUGGAUGGGAUAGGACAGCACAGCUUACAGCUCUUGCUAUGUUAAUGUUAGAUCCAUAUUAUAGAACUAUCAAAGGUUUUGAAGUGCUAAUAGAAAAAGAAUGGCUUAGUUUUGGUCACAAAUUUCAACAGAGAAUCGGUCAUGGUGACGAACAUCAUAGCGAUGCAGACAGAUCUCCAGUAUUUUUACAAUUUAUGGAUUGCGUAUGGCAAAUAAGUCGUCAGUUUCCUAAUGCAUUUGAAUUUAAUGAACAUUUUCUAAUUACUAUUCUUGAUCACCUAUAUUCUUGUAGAUUUGGCACAUUUUUAUUUAGCAGUGAACGAGAAAGAGUUCAGGAACAAGUAAAACAAAAAACUGUUUCAUUAUGGUCAUACACAAACAGUCAGUUAUCCUUAUAUCAAAAUCCUUUAUAUUGGGCUGCUCCCUAUUAUCAGCUUGUUCUGAUGCCAAUCGCUAGUAUGAGAUAUAUUAAACCAUGGAAAAGUUUAUAUUGUAGAUGGAAUCCGAGUAUGCGACAGCAGGAUCCUGUUUAUCAACGAACGAGAGAAUUACUAGUUUUAAAAGAACAACUUGAAAAACAACUGGAAGAAGGUCGUCGUGAACAAGCUAGUCGAGCAAAUCGGUCAAUGACAUCGCCGGCACCACCUAGGAUACAUUCCCCGGUUCAUUCAUAACACGAAAAAAAUUGUUUCUUAUCUUUCAGCGAUCUAUAGUUAUUUGUAUAUGACUUUUUUUUGCUCGCUAUGUACAAAAUACUCGUUGAUAAAAAGAAAACGUUUAUAAUUUUUGCGCAAA